GAAAGCAGCGAUGUCGUCACCGGAGCGCGCCGCAGUGACAUGCCGCUGAGGGCUGAAUGUCAGAUCUGGAAAAUAAACCUCUAAUAAUAAUUUAUAUUAUUUAUUUACUCCAGUAAAAACCCGUAAACCCGCGCUGAGGAACGGAAUAAACAUCAACAUGAGGUAUCUCUCUGUACCGUGGUUGAGGCUGGCUGGUUCUGUGGUCAGUUCUGGUCCGUUGAGGUUGUGUUGUUCUGGUCAGGUAUCGGUAAAGCUCUCGGUCAGAACCGUCUCUCAGGUUGUGUUUACAGUGGACCACAGGUCCCGCCCCUCUCGUCCUGUACUCUCUAAUCCCUGGGCUCUCUCAGGACUUUGUCCCGCAGGUCUGCAGUCCUGCAGGAGGGUGAGCUCGGCCCGGCCCGGCUGGUACGAGAGCAUAGCGGACUCUGGACCCGUCCAUCUGACCGAGCAGCUGCUGAUCUUCAGCCAGCAGAGCACAGGCUUACCCUGGUGGAUCAGCAUCAUCUGCACCACACUGACCCUGCGUACCGCCAUCACCCUCCCCCUCUCCAUCUACCAGAACACCAUCAUCGCCAAGGUAGAAGCUCUGCAGAAGGAGAUCGCAGAGCUAGCGCGGCGGCUAAGCUACGAGAUUUCAGUCAAAGCUAAAGAGAAGGGCUGGUCUGAGAAGACAUGCAGAUAUCAUUUUAAGAAGAAUCUGCGGCGCAUCGUGUCGGAGCUGUACGUGAGGGAUAACUGCCACCCGUUUAAGGCCAGUCUGCUCAUCUGGGUUCAGCUGCCCAUGUGGGUGUGUCUCUCUCUCGCCCUGCGGAACCUCAGCAUGGGAAUAGGACACGCCUCCGCAGGGUUGCAGCAGGAGCUGGCAGCAGGGGGCGCUCUGUGGUUUUCAAACCUCACCCUCCCAGACUCCACCUGGAUCAUACCCGUGUCUCUGGGCCUCAUUAACCUGCUCAUCACUGAGAUAUUUGCUGUGACGAGGUUAGACGCUUCGAGAUUCCAGAGGUACGUGACGCACUUCAUCAGAGGAAUCUCACUGGUGAUGAUUCCCCUUUCAGCUGCAGUUCCCUCUUCCAUGGCUCUGUACUGGCUGAGCUCCAGUUGUGUAGGAUUGGGUCAUAACCUGCUCCUGCGUUCUCCACGCUUCCGGACCCUGUGCAGAAUCCCCCCGACCCGCUCCGACUCAGAAACUCCCUACAGGGACAUCAUCGCUGCGUUCGUGGCCAAGUACACUAAAUUAAGAACAUGAGGACCAGUCUGAUCAGAACAUCAGAUUCUAGCAGAUCUGCUCACAUCCUGAAGCCUCCAGGGGAUCUGGUUCUGAAGAACAUCCUGGACCUGGAGUACUGUAAACAGAACCGGCACCAGAAAGACUGUUAUAGGAAGACGAUGCUGACAGUGAAUAAAAGUGAAUAGCCAGUUAGCAACCAAACAUGCUAGUGUUGCUAACAGUGAAUAAGAACCUAAAUAACAACUGGUUAGCAGCACUAUGACAGUCCAGUAAAACAUGCUAAUGCUGCUCACCAUGAGUAGCUCAACCAUGCAUGCUAAUAUUAUUAACCAUGAGUGUACACUAGUAGCCACUGGUUAAUAACACAAUGUAAGCUAAACCAGACUUGCUAACAUUGCUAACAGUUAAUAAAAAGGAAUAGCCACUGGUUAGCAACAUUAUGACGACUCAGUCAAAUAUGAUAAUGCUGCUAACCAGGAAAAGUAGCAUAAUGUCAGCUCAACCAGACAUGCUAAUGCUGCUAACAGUGAAUAAACGUGAACAGCCACUGGUUAGCAGCACUAUAAAAGCCCAGUAAAACAUGCUAAAGCUGCUAACAGUGAAUAACAGUGUACAGCCACUGGUUAGCACCGUCAAUCAUGCUAAUACUGCUAAGGAACAGUCAGGAACAGUCGCAUAAUUGUCGGCGAAUGGACAUAUAUGAUUUUCGUGAUGCUAACUGAAAACUAUCCAGUUUUAUUCCCUGUUAAUUAGCAUAAUUAGCAUGUUUGGUUGAGCUAUUCACUGGUCCACUGACUGCAUUACUGGAUAAGCGUUGUCGGGAUGUGCAUUGUGUUGUUGUACAGAUGUUCUCCAUUAAAAGUGAAAUGACGGUUCUUUCCAACACAUCAAUCACAGCUGAUAAACAGCAGGACUUCUGGUUUGUGGUGUAUUUCAGGAAUUCACUCUGUAUUUAUAAGAAACACCAGAAGGUGCUGUUCCACUGUGUUUAUACUGUAUGGACAAAUGUAUUGGGACUCCUGCUCAUUCAUUGUUUCAUUGCUUCUUCGGAAAUCAAGGUGAUUAAAAAGAGUUUAUCCUGCUUU